GUCCGAUGUCUUCUCGAAGAAGGUACACUGUACACGGGAUGUCGCAGCGCAGCAUGAAGGCAACUAAUGACAGUGGCGCCGGAGGCCCGACAGCGGAGGUUGAGGGCUCUUCCGUGUGGUCCAGUGACCUCGAGAAUGACAAGGACGACGACGACAAUGACAAAUCUGCGGCGUUGAAUUCAGAGGACAAGAAGACCCGUCGACGAGCCCAAAUCGCCAAAUCUGCGCGAAAGCACCGCGUGCGGCAGAAAGCUGAGCUCCACGAGUUGCGGGCUCAAGUCCAGGAGCUCACGGCGGCGCUAUCGUCUUGCCGUCGGAACUGCCGACGUCCACCUCCGGACGGCAUGCCUGGAAGCAUCCCGUCCCUGGACACGUCCGACGAGCUCGAAGACUUUGGCGUGCAGGCUUCGCUGCGGGGUCUGUGGCUGAAUGCUCCGCUCCAAACCGACACUGGUCCCGGUCCCAACGUGUACCAUCCGUACCAUCACUUGUACGCUGACCCUGCCGAGCGCCACGCGAGUCUUCUGGCCAUCGCUAAGCCCGCGCCGUCGCGCAUGUACACUCAAAUCUUGGAAGACACGCAUGCGAUCCCGUCGUUUCCGCCGUAUGUGGACGUGCGCAUGACGAGCAUGGGUGAGAACGUCAGCAUCAAGUUCUGCCGCGUGUGCGAAAUCACCAACUUUGACCACAAAACCGUGUCGGAUGUGUUCUGGGCCGUGUUCUGGGGCUUUGGCGACGACGACGUCGUGACGAACGCUGGAUUGUGCCGCCGAAAGCGCCUGCUCCAAGUCAACGCGAACGCGCACUACGAGCGCGUGACGUACGCGGUCCCCAACAUGCCGGACGUGCAACUUGAGUCACUGGACGUGGUCACGCGGUCGAGUGACCCGAAUUACACCAUCUUCACGUGGGAGUCGAUCGACCAGGACGACCUUUUUCCCGCGUCCGUCCCCGACUACCACCCGACGUCCACCACGACCAUUCGGCGCGAAGAAAUCGGCAGGUUUGGAUAACUGUACUAGUACUACUAGUACUACCUACUACUGGAUCGAUCUAUUAGUGUCAUGUUUCGCACGGAAUGUGACGCGGACGGCAACAUCCGCACGGUCCUGCGCACGGUGAUUUACUCGCGGCCGUUCGUCCAGACGCUGCCCAAGAAGACGACGAGGGACAUGAACGAACCGUUCGCGCACCUCUACUGCCGCCUCAACGUCCUUGCCGAAGAACACGUGUCGCGGUACCUUCUGCACAAGUUCAUGUCCGCCUAAUACCACAAAAUGUAUGUAUACCGUUGUUCCUGUCAGUAAAUACAGUAUACUACCAGCG